AUGCCUCGACCGUCGAGGGACACUUACGGCGACCAGAAGCCGCCAUACUCGUACAUCUCGUUGACUGCGAUGGCGAUCUGGUCGUCGAGGGAUAAGAUGCUGCCUCUCGCCGAGAUCUACAAGUUCAUCGCCGAUCGGUUCCCCUACUAUCGGAAGGAUACUCGCAGAUGGCAGAACUCGCUGAGGCACAAUCUGUCGUUCAACGACUGUUUCAUCAAGGUGCCGCGGGGGCCGCAUCGACCGGGGAAAGGCGCGUACUGGGCCCUGCACCCGGCGGCGCUGUCCAUGUUCGAGAACGGGUCCCUCCUACGCCGCAGGAAGCGUUUCAAGCUGCACAAGCCCGACAAAGAGCUUCUAAAGUCGGAGCUGCAGGCGUUGGCCUCGGCCAUGCCGCCGCCUCACUCCGAGUCGUCGCCGGUGCUGUCGAUAAACCCCAACACGCAGACCAGCAGCCUCACCGUAGCGAACCUCCACCGUCUUCGGGACGAUCUCCUCCGUUGGGAGCUGCAGGAACGUCGGCUGACGAUGACGUCGUCCGGCGGCAACGGUUCGCCGGGCUUCACCACGCCGGAGACCAGCUCCGGUUAUUACCUCCUGUCGCCGGAAGUCCGGCAGAGACUCGCCGGUACCGACGAGAUCCUCCGUGGCUACGAAGCCAGCAAUCUGCUGCAGACCGGAAGCUGGAGCUUCCCGGGGUUCCAGGUGUCGCCGUACGUGUCUCAGACGCUGUCCUACUUCCAGACAGAGAUCCCGGACAGCAGACAGAUCGGCGCCCUCCCCGGCGACAAGACUGACUCGAGGCUCUUCCCUCUGGAGACCACGAGGGGCUGCGCCACGCCGCUCGAGCCGAGCGACGGUAAAGUCGCCCGUUGUACCCCGUCAACGAACCUCGAGGCAGGCAUAUCCAGCCAGACGAGCAUCCAACCAGAGCAGAAGCAGAAGAAGAAGAAGCCGUUCACCAUCGAGAAUAUCAUCGCCCCCGACGACGAGCAGAUCUCGAGCAACUCCGAGGACGAGAAGAGGAACUCGUCAUCCGGUCAUCAUCAUCAUCAUCAUCAUCUUCUGGUACCCAGGCCACUCUACGCGGGCUUCUCGUUCGGCCUGGCUGCUAACAAAGUCCCGUACGAGACGGCCACUUGAAUCGACGGCUUGUCUGGUAGACGAUUCGAACGAGG